AUGAGUACCGGAAGCGCAUUGUGUCUCUCAACUUGUCAAUCACCCCGACAAGCUCAUCACCGCAUGAAUUUGGGAAGCCUGAAACGCAGGGCGAGACAUUAUCUGGACCUGCCCGGUCGAGGAGAGGCAUCAUAUCCCUCUCCACCGAUGUCAAAUCCUCCUUCACCUUUGGAGCAUUCUCAAGACGAACGGACGCCUCUGGUCACAACUUUGGGCGAGCAGUCGAUCGCAACAUCGGCAUCGAGCACGUCGACUUCUAUGCCUGGUAUUGCCAUAUCGGCACCCACUCAUGCCACCUCAUUCCUUCACGCAUCCAACCUCCCAGGGCAAUCUUCAUCACCAUCUGCUGCAGCUCCACUAUCGACCAGCACACAACCUUCGUUGCAGAGACCACAUGCCACUUCAUCCACGAGCGCUCUACCCUUUGCACAGAGCAGUCUAUCUCUUGCUCGCCCGACAAGCUCGAGAGGUGGGCGCAAGUCGAAAGCACACGUCGCUUCUGCAUGCAUCAAUUGCAAAAAGGCCCAUCUCAGCUGCGAUGUCAAUCGCCCAUGUGCGAGAUGCGUUGCUUCUGGAAAGCAGGACACUUGCUACGAUGUGCAGCACAAAAAGAGAGGACGUCCACGAUUACGCGAGGAGGGUGAAUUCAAGGUCGAGCAGAUGUUGCCGGAGGCAGGGCCGUCAACAUCGAUAGCGUCUAGCGCUGACCUUACUGCACGUCCAAUUGCCUCCACUAAACAUCGAAGACAUGAGUCAUUCCGUUCACUACGAUCUCAGGGAAGCGAUGGGUCUGGUGUAGCCUCGAGUCCCAAUUAUGCUUACCCUCCUCCACCGACCGCUACACAAGCCACGUUCGGCUUUCAGAACCCUUAUGCACCAUCAUUCGGAGCACCCACCUACGAAGUACCGACCGCCUAUCUUGAUCUCGAUCUGGUCUUCCUCAAAGCCAAUGCACCUUUCCGCCAGAUCAUUUUAGCAGGGCAGGAGGUUGUGGGAAGAUCAUUGAGUGAUGUUGCUGCGCCGGUCGAUGGAGAGACCUUUCAGAACAUCUGUAACCAUCUGAGGACAGAGCGUGAUGCUCGAGAUCCGGCAUAUAUGCCGCCGAUAAAUCUCCCUGGGCAAGAUCCUCUUCAAGGCGCAACGGUUGAGGACAUUGAGCGAUAUACUCGUGGCUUCGAAGAUCACACUUAUACGUGGACGCAUACGCAGCUCGGCGUUGCCGCGCAAAGGUUUCCAGCGCGCGUACGUCUAGCCAAAGCGCACACAUACUGGAUUGCGAUCACCUUACCUAGCUUCCAUCCCGUGGAGCACAUGAUCGCCCACCCUUCUUCGUUCCCACCGUUACAGCCACUGGCUCCUGGACUUCAGAGUCAGCCUCCAGAUAGCUAUACAUCACGACGCCGAGAGCCCGCACGCUCAAAUCCUGUGGCAGGAUUUAUGCCGAUGCCAGGUUCUGCUGUGGCGCUCCAGCGUCCGCCACGGAUUGCGGACCAGCACACGGCGCCCCCAAGAUAUCACGAUCCGCAAAGUCAACCACUGUACCAGCCGCAGCAAGCAUAUCCUUCACAGCCGCCUGGCGCUGCGCCAAUGCCGAGGCUGCCUGUUGCAGAACCGCCCACAGAGACGACAGCGUUUACACCAAGGACUACAGCACGGGAGCUGCCUAUUCCGCAUGCGACCUCUGGCCGUACGAUCGUCCAACUCCCGCCAUUGAUGAGUACACCUGGGCAGAACCCUACCAUAAGUGCUGGCGGUGCGACUAGCGCACGACCUCGAGAACUAAUCUCCCAGCCCGUCGAGUCAGAUGAAGGCGAGGAAACGAAUGGGCAAGGUCGAACCCGCAAACGCAGGCGAAUGGGAAUCAAUGACGUUCUGCACUGA